ACAAUGAAACAUUCUUUUUAAAAUCUGGCAACCAUGUAUUCUUUAACCGUUGAUUUGACAGCUAAUGUCUCCGUCAGUCAAAAAUCUCUCGUCAUUGUUGUUCUGCUCGAUUCUGCUUUUGAACGUAACGCAAAGUUCGCUUAUUAAAUCGAAAAAGGAAACCUCAACUAUGGCCGUUAGAGCAAUCAACGAUGAAGCUCACUUCCAAGCGGAACUAUCUGCAGCGGGUGGAAAAUUGGUUGUUGUGGAUUUCACCGCCACUUGGUGCGGUCCCUGCAGAAAUAUUGCACCACUUUUCGAACAACUGCCAGCUAAAUAUCCGAAAGCAGUAUUCCUCAAAGUGGAUGUAGAUAAAUGUGCCGAAACCGCUUCCUCUCAAGGUGUGUCGGCAAUGCCGACCUUUAUUUUCUACCGUGCUAGGACGAAAAUUGACCGCAUGCAAGGAGCAGACAUUAACGGACUGGAAGCCAAAAUCCAGAAACAUUACGAAGCCAGUGUGGACGAAUCCGGUGAAGACUAUGGCCAUGGAAUGCUGGAUUUGAUUACUUUUAUUCAAAAGAACCAAUGCGAGUGUCUGAAUGAAUCGGAUGAUCAUCCGUUGGCAAACGCUUUUAGUUCCAAUGGGGGGCAUUUGGCGUCCGACUGUGACGAACAGCUGAUAAUUUCGAUCACUUUCAAUCAGGUUGUUAAGAUCAGUUCGAUCAAGUUGAAGGCUCCGCCAUCGCAUGGACCGAAAAACAUUAAGAUUUUCAUUAAUCAGCCCCGAACAAUUGACUUCGAUAUGGCCGAAUCACAAAUUUCGGUGCAAGAUCUGACGAUAGACAAGAAGGAUCUGGAGUCUGGUUCACCGAUUCCACUGCGUUUCGUCAAGUUCCAAAACGUGCAGAAUAUUCAACUGUUCGUGAAAGACAAUCAGUCGGGCGAUGAGACGACCAUUAUCGAUCAUCUGGCUUUUAUAGGAUCACCAAUUCAAACAACUAAGAUGGAUGAUUUUCAGCGAGUGGCUGGCAAAAAGGGCGAGAGUCACUGAGGGUUUGAAUCGAUGCACUGCAGCGGGCAUUUGGUUGGCGAGAAAAGUUUUUUUUUGUUUUGAUUUGAGUAAAGUCGUUUUCAUUUUAUAAAUUAUUCAAUAAAUCCU